UUUUGUCCACCCACACGUGAUCUAUUGUUUUGUUUUUCCAGAAAGAAUCUAUUACAAAGAUUAAAUGGGACGAAUUGUGGAGUCCUGAAAUGGUGAUUCAGAACCUGAUCGAGUGUAAAUUCGAGAAAGUUUGGAAAGACGUGGAACAUAACUCAAAUGGCGAAGCUUUUGUCCUGGAGAAAAGAAGGAUUACGGGGCGCUUCUCGGAAAGUAUGGAGCUGCAGAGCUUCCCAUUCGAUACUCAGUGUUUGUCCUUGUUGCUGACGUCAGAACAGCAGAAGCUGGAGUUCGCGGAGGACAACGUAGAAGCCAGCCUGGUCAACCAUUUGACCUUCAUUGACCAGCAGGAGUGGAUGGUCUGGGACAUCGUGGAGUUCAAGCAGGACGACAGGUUGGGGGAGUUCAGCAACCUACAGCCCAUGCAACCAAUGAUUUUGGUUCAAAUCCACGCCACCAGAAAGUCGGGAUUCUUCGUGUGGAAUCUCCUCGCUGUUAUGGUAAAUGGGUUCAAAACCGGCACCAGUGCCAGUUGGUCAGAGACUUGGCCAAAGUCAGCAGACUUAUGGGUCGCAGUUACAAUGGAAGCAAACAAAAUGGCCGCCAAGCUAAUAAGAUGGGAAGAAGUUUUGAUCCUUAGAAAGAUGGACAAAUACAUUUUGUCUUCCAUGUUGCUGAUGCAUCUUGUCUGUGUGUGGCACGCCAUCAUCUGCUUUGUGUCCUCAUCGUCUACCCUGGGGGACACUCUCGACGUCGUUGGAUUCAUCGUUCUCAUCGCCGUCUUCUUCUUGUUUCAGAUUAUUUUCGUUAUAGUAGUUAGGCUGCAGAUUAGUGACAAACGAGCGGGACUUCAACUCAUGGAAAACGAAUACAAGGCCAAAGUCAGCAGACUUAUGGGUCGCAGUUACAAUGGAAGCAAACAAAAUGGCCGCCAAGCUAAUAAGAUGGGAAGAAGUUUUGAUCCUUAGAAAGAUGGUGAAUUCAAAUUAUUGUUGAAGUGUGGCGGUCUUCAAAUAGCGAGAUCUCUGGAAUCAUACCAACGGAAAUGCAAUGGAAUGGCAGAUCUAUAUUUUGUUUAGACUUUGGACAGGUCGGUCUCUAAAAUUAUGCUACGAACGUUGUAAAAUCAAAAACAGCGCUUCCAUAUUUUGUUCCUUGUAUCGCCAUGUAUAUAAUGUGAUUUCAUGGAAUUAUCCUGGGUAAGUGUUCUCACAUUGAUGAGGUUUAUGAGCAUUAAAUUAUAUUGUUAGGUGUCCAAGGCGAAGUGGCCCGCUGCGCUAAACAGUGUGAGAGAGAUUGUCGUGCUAUGUGUAUUUAUAUGCUCGUGUAUCAUGUGUUUGUGUGUGUAUGUGUGUGUAUGUGUGUG